CGCAAGGAUGGCAAGCUGGUGCCGGGCCCCAGCCGCGUGACGCCUUUCCUGGGCGGCCUCAUCGAGAUGGUGCUGGACCCGUACUCUUUCUGGGAGCGCCAGAAGGACGCCGCCAACGUGACCAGCCCCGGCUACUCGUACAACAGCCUGGCCGGCAAGAUGAUCCUGACCGUCACCGACGCCGACAAGUGCCGGGAGCUGAUGGCGGUGAAUGACGCCAGCCGCAUGCUCAUGGUGCUGCACCCCAGCGGCAAGACCAUCCUGGGCGCCAACAACCUGGCCUUCAUGCACGGGCCCGAGCACAAGGCCAUUCGCAAGUCCUUCCUCUGCCUCUUCACCCGCAAGGCGCUGUCCACAUACACGCAGCUGCAGGACGGAAUCAUUCGGCGGCACCUGGCCGAGUGGAUGAAGCGGCCGGAGACGCGGGAGAUCCGGGAGAGCGUCAGGUGGGACAUGAACCAGGCCACCAGCCAGGAUGUGUUCCUCGGCCCAUACCUGGAUGACCCCCAGGUCAGGGCCAACUUCUCCCGAGGAUACUCCGCCAUGACAGACGGCUUCCUGGUGAGGCGCGCGGCGCGCCGGCAAGCCCUGGCUUCCCGGCAGCGCGCUGGCGGCGAGCCGCGCUGCCUGAUGGACUUCUGGGCGCAGAAGUGCCUGGAGGAGAUUGGAGAGGCAGAGGCGGAGGGACUGCCGCCGCCCAGCCACACCACUGUUGCGCGCAUGGGCGACGCCAUGAUCGACUUCCUGUUUGCCAGCCAGGACGCCUCCACCGCCUCCCUGGUGUGGUGCCUGACGCUGAUGGCGGACAACCCUCACAUGCUGGCGCGGGUGCGGGAGGAGCAGCAGCGCCUGCGGCCCGACCCCUCUCAGACCAUCACUGCUGAGGUGCUGGGAGAGAUGGCCUAUACGCGCCAGGUGGUGAAGGAGAUCCUGCGGUACCGCGCCCCCGCCCCCAUGGUACCGCAGAUGGCCUACGCCGACUACCCGCUGACGGAGCAGUACGACAUCCCGCGCGGCACCCUCGUCUUCCCCUCCAUCAACGCAGCCAACAUGCAGGGCUUCCCCGACGCCGAGCGGUUUGACCCAGACCGCAUGGGUCCCGAGCGCAAGGAGGACAUUGUGCACGCCAAGAACUUCCUCACCUUUGGCUACGGCCCCCACUACUGCGUGGGCAAGGAGUACGCCAUCAACCAGCUCGUCCUCUUCCUGGCCAUCACCAGCCUGGGCGCAGACUGGACCCGCACGCGCACUCCAGACUCGGACAAGAUGAAGUACCUGCCGACCAUCUACCCGCACGACUCCCUCAUCUCCCUGCGCCCCCGCGCGCAGUGAGCGAGCGGCACCGGCGCGGGCGGAUGCGCGGGCUGAGCCCCCGCUGCGCCCCGCGGCCAGCGGGGCGCAGCCUCCUCGUUAUCCAGCACCACCAACCCCUGCCCAUUCAUGAUACGCUUCCUUGCAUUCCUUCCCUGGGAAAACGAACCCACCCGCUCCAUUUGCCCCCAUCGCAUUGCCACUCUCCCUGUUGCCGCCGCCCUCCUUCCCCUUCGUUUAUUACUCACGUGUCGUCUUCGCCUGCUGGCGCAGCUGCCGCCGAGCAGCGGCCAGCACCUCACACUCGACUCCCUUGUGCACGUCGCCGAGCCGCCCUCCUCCGCCCGUUCAGGGGCGGCCAAGCCCCUGUUUUCUCUCCUGCACGCCACGGCGCUCGCCGGGUGCACGUGUCGCACUGACAUUCGUCUUGAUUGGUCUACACAGGGGGCUGUGGCCCCUCUCUGCCCGCCUGGGAUCCCGCCGCGGCGGUGGGCGCUCCUCCCUCCGCGCCGCUGGCUCUCAGCCGUGGCCAAAUCUUUGCUGUUGUGUCGUUGCUGGAUGUAACUGAACAGCCAAUG